GAAGUGCACUAGACUGCAAAUGCCACUUUAAUUAUUACACUCAAAAACACUAAUGAAAUCUACAAAUAAUAGCCAACCACUUCAUCCCCCCAUAUAUUAUUACAAGUGUGGACAUGCCACUUCAGUUUCCCCAAGCUCAACCACUACAAUCCAUUAUAUAUAACCUACCAAAAACCAUAUUAAGCUCCAUGCCAGUUGAGUUUUCGGGCACCUGUGCGUGUUUGGUUCAUUUACGUUUUUUAUCAAACACCUUAGCAGCAUGUUAAACAGCGAUGAACUAUGUCUUAAACUUAGAAUAUUGGUGCUAGUUAUAGCAACGAUAUUCAUGGUUAGUGCUGCUGGCGUUAUGGGAGGAGAUUCAGGGGGAGACAAAGACAAAGAGGAGUGCACGGAGCAGCUAAUAGGGUUGGCGACAUGUUUGCCUUAUGUCGGGGGAAAUGCUAAGGCACCUACACCGGAUUGUUGCAGUGGUCUGAAACAAGUUCUGAAGAACAACAAGAAGUGUUUAUGUAUUAUAAUUAAAGAUCGAAAUGAUCCUGACCUUGGUCUUAAUAUCAAUGUCACACUUGCUUUGUCUUUGCCUUCUGUUUGCAAUGCACCUGCUAAUAUUUCCAAGUGCCCUGAGCUGUUGCACAUGGAUCCCAAUUCCCCAGAAGCUCAAGUUUUCUAUCAGCUUUCUAAGAGCUCCUCUUCCAAUGGUGGUCACCAAAGCCCUGCCUCUGCUCCUACUGCAAGUGUGGGAGAGAGUCCAAUAAGCUCAAGUGAAGGAGAAAAGAGCCCAGAGUUGCAGAAGGGACAUGGGAAUUGCUAUGGCUGUAGAAGAAACACAUGGGUGAUUGUUACUCUAUGGACCUUCCUGCUUUGCUAUUUCAUGCCUUAUUUUUAAUUCCUUUAUAUAUAUAUAUAUAUAUAUUAUGUCAUAUUAUAUAAUAAAAUAUAAAGCUUGACAUAUUGAUAUUGUUCGGAUAUGUCAAGGAGAAACUCUUUAUUUGAUUAUUUACGUGUAUGCUUUAUAUAUAUAUAUAUAUAUAUAUCUAUAUCACUAGAUAAUGUUGGUGCUGGAUAAGAUGGGCUGUAGUUUUUUUCUAAUAAUUUAUUUGUUUUAAAUCGGAUAAAUUAAAAGUUAAUAGUUUAACUGA